UGCGUCGAAUGCACAAUUGACGGUGGCGACGUGUGCUAGGUGCUUGUCCUUGCUUUCCUGAAUUUGUUAGAGGAUUAAGGAAUAUUAACAAUGGCCAGAUACUUAAGGCCACCAAAUACAUCUCUCUUCAUCAGGAACAUUUCUGACGAAUCCAGAAAAUAUAAAGACAUACAGUUCUGGACACCCUCCCAACAAAGAUCAUGUAAAGACCGGUGUAGAGUAGAUUCAAGCCCCAAAGAGACCGUAAGGAUUCAGGCGUCAAGAAGUAGAAGGGAAAAGAGGAAAGAGAAAAGUUAAAGCUUGAAGAUUCAAAGAGGAACAAAAAGGGGACCAGAGUGGGCGUCAAGGCUUCGAUAUGUUCCAAAGAGAAAAGAACAGAAAUUAUGGGGAGAAAGUCAAGCAGGAAAUUCAAGCCCCCCUCCCAAGGUCCUCUGGGAAGCACGUAAACAGCAUAAAGGUCAAGCUGAAGGUCAAAGGUCAAGCAUAUUAAAGGUAACAAGUCUUAAUUUUGUAUCCUACCCAAGCUAGAGCGAAUGCAUUUACAUCAAACAAAAACUGUUUCCCUUUGAAAUAUUUACAUUUCCUUUUUUUUUUUUCAGUUUGAUUUAACUUUUAUACAAAUCAAAAAGAGGCUGAUUUAUCUUGUAGCUGUUUGAACAUCACAAAACAAGCCUAAACACCCUGUCAUCGCUUUUAUAAGCCUCCAGUGGUAUUUUGUGUACCUGUGUAGUGAUAACUAUUUAUCAUGUCGCCAUACCCUUUCCUGACACUGACUGCCAUGUAAAUGAAUUGCAGUAAAGCUGAAAUGCUUCUCUUCGAGCUGGUAGCCCCCCCCCCCCCCCCACUCUGAACCCCAUUAUUCCCUGUUAGCACUACACCACUCCUUUUGUCCCAAUGCAAAACCUUAACCCCAGCAGCAAGUUUGAAGACGUGCGUGACGCCGAAGAUGCUCUGCACAACCUGGACCGCAAGUGGGUGUGUGGCCGCCAGAUUGAAAUCCAGUUUGCCCAAGGGGAUCGCAAAACCCCUGGCCAGAUGAAGUCAAAGGAGCGGCACUCCCCACGUAGCUUCUCGCGCUAUGACGACAAUGAUCGCGACAGCAGGCGUAGGCGCUCCCGCAGCCGCAGCUACGAGCGUCGCCGCUCUCGAAGCCCAUCGUACGAGCGCAGGCCCCGCCGCUCGGAGAGCCCCAGAGACUCACGAUCAUAUGGAAGGCGCAGACGCAGCCGAAGCCAUGAGAAUGACAGGUACAGGCCUCCCCAGCGUGAGCACCACCGAGCGCACCGUGGGGGCGCCGCCUCUCGCAGCCGCUCGCCGUCCCACUCGCCUUCCCCCGACAGGUUUAAGGCCAAGGGCCGCCGCUCCCACUCGCCCUCCAAGUCCCCGAGCCCCGCCGUGGACAACUUCCGCCAGACCUCUGGAUCCCGCGACUCUCAGAAGGAGUCCCAUGUGCGCUCACCGUCCCGUUCCUGCUCGCGCUCCGUGUCUCGCUCCAGAUCCCGUUCCCGUUCCUGGGCUGGACGCAAAUCUGGGGGACACUAAGACACCCCAGCAUCCCUCCCCACCCGACCUGGGACACCUCUAUUUGACCAUUUUCUUACAACCAAUAUCACUUAUUACAUCAUAUGUAUAAUAUUCAGAUACUGUAUGGAGUGAUGCCAGGCACUAUACAUCUUUAGUUAAGACAAGAUCAUGAGUUUACUACUUAUGAGAAAACAGGUUUGCAAAAAGAGACAUUAUAUUUUGACACUUUUUGAAACGGUGUCAUGACCACAUUUUCCCUUUUUUUUUUUUUAAAGAAGAUUUUAAUUGUCUCUGAUUAAUCGGAGACUGUAACAUUUGGUACAUUAAGAAAAUCUGAGUAAAAUCUUUAAAGCUAAGAAAACCUUUUUCUUCCAGGUCUACAGAAAACAUUAAAGUCUGGGUCAGUCUUUUGUAUUAUAAAUGGAAACUAAAGUUUGUGCUGAAGCCAGUAACGUAUGAUGUGGCCAUUUGGUGGUUGAUUCUUUGUAAGGUUUUGUAAGGUACAUAGUUCUACACACCAUAGGUAUUGGCUCUUCCUCAUUUUGCAAAACAUGUCAAGCUUGAGGUCACAUUUAAAAACUUCUUCCUGAUGCUGACUUUUUUUUUUUUUUGUCACUUUAAUUUUGUUAUGCCUACUUGUACCAUGUGUUGACCUGUCAGGAACGAUAUAUAUUUUUGGGAAAGUUGUACUAGAGUGAAGUUUGUUCCAUCUAUGUUUCUUACUUUGUUUCAUAUGUCAAUAAAGAGAUUUUUUUUUUCUAAAUCUGA